UAAAUGGUAAUAUCUGUUUAAGGUAAAAGUGGAAUCGACAGUUUCGUAAUCGUGACUAAUCAGAGCUGAGAAUUGAGAUCCGAGAUAAGACUUAUAAGAGAGCGGUGCCAGCCUGCCUCCAGUGGUGGGUUCCACUAGCACUCAAACUCGGAGGAAGAAUUCUGUGGUCGAUGACGUGGGAACACCUUUCCAAGGCGAACCCAUUCAAAUCAAAAUAGAGUGGGUAAAGAAUUGCACCUGACGCUCUGACCCGAGCGUGAAUUUUUAAAUUGCUACUCAUGGAAAACUAUUCUUCACCCAAAUACAUAGUCGCACCGCGGUUUCCUUCCUCUUAUUCUGUUAAAAUUUUAUAUGUAACUGCGGUAUGUAUAAUUCGUUAAUAUUUAAAUGCCAGGUAAAAUGUCGUCAAAGUGGUUGAUAAUUAUGACACUAUUGCUGUCAUCCUAUAUAUGAUUUUUUAUAUUUCAUUUUGUGUCGAUAAUUUUUGACUUUCUAGUUUUCAUCAUAUUUUUGUGCCUAAAAUUUUCUAAGAAUGCUAUUUUGGCCCCACUAGCAAAUUAAACGGUGUUCUAUUCACGCUGUCCAUGAACACGUGUCCAAGUAAAAGCCCCAUUCCGCGCACUAAUAACUGGAAGGCCCCUGCACCCAUCUAAUGAUGCCUUCUUCGUCAUUGUUUUAUAUUUUUCUUUUUAUUUGCGGGCACACCUUUUUCUUUUUCCUUUGUUACUUUUUGUUCUCUUUUUAGUUCUUACAGCUUCAUGUUGCUUUAUAUCAUUUUUUUUUUAUUUUCCUAUUUUUCCUUGCGCGUUUCUUCACUGUUUGGAGACCGUUAGGCGUUUGAUUUAGAUAGCUUUGGACCGGAAAUACCUCCUCAGCGCUUCUCAGCUUCUGGAACAGUCAAUGCCCCUUCGGCUGUUUCUUUUGACUGGCCGAAGAAGAAACUAGAGUACGAGUAUAUCAAAAUAAAUAACCCUCCAUAUAAAAAUAGUUUGGUUUUGCAUGCCAUAUCCUAUCCAAAGGGGAGGCUUAGGAUUCCGAGAUCAUUUUAUUUACUUAGGCGUUGGCCUGGUCCCACGUUGAAAUACGCGGAACACGUGAUUUAUUCUGCUCGUCACGACCCGAGGUCCAACCUAUUCAAUCCUCGGUUUAUCAGUGAAAUGACAAAGAAACUAGGAAUUCGGGAUGGUGCAAGGAGGAAGAGGAGUACCAAAAAAACCAUAUUUUUUAAUAUAAGGCUCGCAAGGAAUCUUACAUAAGGCGCAAUACGUUCGGACAUGGAAGAAGAGUUGCAAGCAAGUCCAGAGAUACCAAUAAUGAAGAUUUCUGAUGGGAACUUGAAUCAAGAUCCAAAAGGAGGAAAAAAAGAGGAGGAAGAAACGGCCUUGGAGGGAGAAUUUAUAAAAGUGGACAGGGAAUCCUUCGAUGUAAAGGAUAUUUCACUUACUUCUGAACAGCCACCUCCUAUAGACGAGAAGUCUUCCAACAAUGAACAAAGCUCAAACAAUUCAUUCUUGAGUAGAGAAGUUCUUGAAGCGCAAGAGAAGGUAAAAGAACUUGAGCUUGAAUUGGAAAGAGUAGCCGGGGCUCUGAAGCAUUCUGAAUCAGAGAAUUCCCAGCUGAAGGAUGAAGUCUCCAUUACAAAGGAGAAGUUGGAAGAAAGUGGAAAGAAAUAUGAAGAACUCGAAGUUAAUCACAAGAAAGUGCAGCAGAAGAUCGUGGAAGCUGAGGAGAGAUACAACCAACGGAUUAAUGACUUGCAAGAGGCAUUGCAUGCUCAAGAAGCAAAGCAUGAGGAGUUGGCCAAUGUGAAGGUAGCAUUUGACAAUCUUAGCCUUGAGCUUGAGGGAUCAAGAAAUAAAUGGCAGGAGCUAGAGCAAGAGCUGCAAACUUCAGCAGGCGAGGCACGCAAGUUUGAGGAAUUGCAUAAACAAAGUGGUUCACAUGCUGAAUCUGAGACAAAAAGGGCCUUGGAGUUUGAAAGGUUGCUUGAACUUGCGAAGCUUAGUGCAAAAGAAAUGGAAGAUCAGAUGGCCUCUCUACAGGAAGAACUCAAGGGCCUUUAUGAGAUGAUUGCUGACAAGCAGAAGGUUGAGGAAGCACUCAACAGUACCGCAGCUGAGCUUUCUGAAGUUCGUGGAGAGUUGGAGCUUUCAAAAUCACAGUUGGUUGAAAUGGAGCAGAAGCUUGCUUCAAACGAAGCUCGUAUGCAUGAACUGACCCAAGAACUAGAUAUUAGAAAGGCUUCAGAAUUUCGUGUAAAGGAGGACAUGUCAACACUUGAGAAUUUGUUCUUGUCAACAAAAGAAGAUCUUCAAACUAGGUCGUCUGAGUUGGAAGACGUCAAAUUGAAGCUGCAGGAGGAAUUGCAUUCAAAGGAAUUGUUAGAAGCCGAGCUAAAAGAUCAGGUAGCAAAGUUUUCAACUGUACAGGAUGAACUGCACAUAGUAAUCAAAGAUAAAGAAGCUCUUGAAGCUGCUUUGGAGGAUUUAAACAGUAAUGCUAUUCAGAUGAAGGAACUAUGCAAUGAUCUGGAGACGAAGUUGCAGUUAUCAGAUGAGAACUUCUGUAAAGUGGAUUCUCUCCUCUCUCAAGCUCUGGCAAACAAUGCUGAGCUGGAGCAGAAGUUAAAAUCUCUAGAAGAGCUCCAUCACGAAUCUGGGUAUGCAGCAACCACUGCCCAACAAAAGAAUCUUGAGCUGGAAACCAUAGUACAGGCCUCAAAUGCAGCAUCAGAAGCUGCUAGAUCACAAUUGCAAGAGCUUGAGGCACGAUUUAUUACUGCAGAACAGAGAAAUAUAGAACUAGAGCAACUUAUCAAUCUGCUAGAGGUUAAAAGCAAUGAAGCUCAAAGAGAACUCGUAGAGUUCUCUGAGAAAAUUACUGUUCUUAGUGAAACACUGAGAGAGGUUGAGGAAGAAAAGAAGCAACUGAGUGGCCAAAUACAAGUAUAUGAGGAUAAGAUAGCUCAGAUGGAAUCUGACCUGAAUCAAUCGUCUUCUCGUAAUUCUGAGUUGGAGUUGGAACUGAAGGCUGUUUCAGAAAAAUGCACUGAGCAUGAGGGUCGAGCUAAUACGACACAUCAACGUAGCCUUGAACUAGAAGAUUUAGUCCAGAAGUCCCAUUUGAAAGUAGAGGGUGCUGGCAAAAGGGUAAGUGAUCUGGAACUGUUGCUUGAAACAGAGAAAUACAAAAUCCAGGAGCUUGAAGAGCAAAUAAGCUUGUUAGAAAAAAAAUGUGGAGAUGCAGAAGCAGAGUCAAAGAAAUACUUUGAUAAGAUAUCUGAGCUUGAACCAGAACUCGAGAAAUUUCAAUCGCAAGCAUCAAGCCUUGAGGCUGCCCUGCUAAACGCCAAUGACAAGGAAAGAGAAUUAAUUGAUUCCUUGAAUAUUGUGAGAGAUGAGAAGAAAAAUAUAGAAGAUGCAUUUAAAAGUUCCAGUGAAAAGCAUGCAGAAGCGGAAACUCUCCUUGAAGUCCUACGGAGUGAAUUGAGUCUAACACAACAGAAAUUCGAAAUCAUGGAAAAUGAUCUUAAAGAUACACAGACGAGAGAAAGUGAAGUUGUUGAGAAGCUCAAGUCUGCUGAGGAGCAACUAGAGCAUCAAAGUGGAGUAUUAGAGCAAACUACGGCAAGAAAAUCAGAGCUCCAAACAUUACAUGAGUCUUUAAUCAGGGAUACAGAGCUAAAACUCCAGGAAGCAAGUGCAAACCUCUCCAGCAAAGAUUCAGAGGCUAACUCACUGUAUGAGAAAAUAAAAAUUCUUGAAAGUCAGGCGAAGGUUUUCGAAGAGCAGAUAGCUGAAGCAGCCGAAAGAUCUGCGUUUCUGAAGGAAGAAUUGGAUCAGAUUUCGACCAAAUUAUCUUCUUCUGAGACAUUGAACGAAGAACUCAAAAGAAAACUUUCAGAGGAAGAGAAUAAAGCUGCACAGUUUUCUUCAGAGAAUGAACUGCUAGUUGAGACCAAUGCGCAGCUAAAAAGCAAGAUUAAUGACCUUGAAGAAUCACUAAAUCUUUUUCAUGCUGAGAAGGAAGGCACUGCUCAGCAACUUGCUGCUUACAUGAGUAAGGUUGCUGAAUUAACAGAUCACCACUCAAAAGCAUCUGAACUCCAGUUAGCAGCUGAAGCCCGGGUUUCAGAGACUCAAAGAGAGUUAGAAGGGACAAUUCAGAAAUUUAGUCAGAGAGAUUUAGAAGCUAGAGACCUAAACGAAAAGCUAGACGCACUCCAAGAGCAAAUAAAGAUGCACGAAGAACAGGCGCGCGAGGCUUCUGGUGUCGCAGAAACUCAAAAAAUUGAGCUGGAACAGACCCGGUUGAAAUUGGAGGGUCUGGAAAUCAUCAUUGAGGAGAUGCAAAGGAAGGAAGGUCAACUUGAAAAGGAGAGAGAACAGCUAGCUGAGUCAAAUUCAAACCUUACUCAGGAACUAGCCAGGAUUGCAUCCGAACUAAAUGAUCUACGAUCUAAACUGGCUGCAGCAGCAAGUGAGAAGGAUGAAGCUGUAGAACAGCUUAACUCGUCAAAGAAACUGAUAGAAGAUUUAAAAGAGCAGCUUGCGCUUGAGAGACAGACGCUACAGUCCCAGAAAGAAGCCGAGUCUCAAAGAGAUUUGGGAAGGGAAGCUGCUGUAAAGUCUUCCUUGGAAGAGCUUGAAGCUAAGGACAAAAUGGUCGUGCUCUUGCAAAACCAAGUGAAAGAACUUGAGCACAAAUUGCAGCUCGCUGAUGCUAAAUCCAAAGAAAAGGAAGGACACGGUGAAGCAAAGGACGAAGGAGUGGAGAUCAAAUCCAGGGACAUGGGAUCGACAAUUUCAACGCCAUCAAAACGCAAGAGCAAGAAAAAGCUGGAAUCCACAUCUACACAGCCACAGCCACCACCAGCGUCCUUGGAGAUUCAAACCACCGAGUCCUCUCCUCUCGCGACCUUUAAAGUCAUUUUAGCCGUGGGGCUGGUGUCCGUGAUCAUCGGUAUAAUUCUUGGCAAAAAGUAUUAGUUUUGUUAGUUACGGCUUUCCAUGCUUUUUCGGUUUUGGCUCCUCCAUUUACAUUCUGCCAUUUCUUCUUUUUGUUCAUCUUUUUGAAUUUCUCAAGAGAGGAGGAGUGGGGAAGGAGCGUUUAUUUAUUGUAGUUUUGUUUAUGCAAGCAGAAUGGGAAUUUUCUCUUCUUCUUUUUUUUUUUCUUUUGUUGGGGUGGGUUGGUUGGUUGGUAUGUUUUCAGAGUCGGGGGGGUGGGUGGGUGGGUGGGUUGCUUGAAGUUGGUAAGGGAAUUGGUUUUUCAUUGCUAUCCUUUACCUGUAUGCAGAGCGAGAAACAGUUCUUUUUUUCAUGUCAUGUGUAUUUAUUUAUUUAUAGUGUUUGAUUUAUUACCUCCAAUAAGUGUGUGUCGUGCUUCACUCAGGGAGAAUGGCAAUUUGAGCUAAGAAAUAUCUCUUUUUGGCUUUACCUUACUCACCUCCAAUCCUAUUGGGACAGCCGUAGGCGCAUAUAAUACAAGGAUAAGGUUUUUCCAUUUAUUUAUUUUUUAUUUUUGAGCUAAUUCUCAAUAACAUCACUCGCUGGUUACUUGUCUCUGUUCCAA